CUUCAACAUUACAUGUGAAUAAAGUCACUCCCAAAUCAUCACCUUUAAUUUAAAAAAAAAAAAAAAACAUCUAUAUUUUUCUCACUCAAACUACCAUAAGCAAGGUAUCAAUAUCAGCACUACUACCUCCCAACACAACACUUUUUCUAUCUCCCCUUUCUCAUUACACAACCAAAUUUUCCUUCCCAACCAAACACCAAAUUUCUCAUCUCUCUCUUACACACACAUCCAUGAUCAAUUUUCUUAUUUUGAUCAUACUCUCACCAAUAUUACUAUGUGUUCCACUAAUUUCAGGUGAUAACAACCAAUCAAAUUCAUGUAGAUCAUAUUGUGGUAACAUAACAAUAGAUUACCCGUUUUCACUCAAAAAUGGAUGCGGGCACCCGGGUUACCGAGAUCUCUUAUUUUGCAUGAAUGACGUACUUAUGUACCACAUAAGUUCCGGAUCCUACCGGGUCUUGGAUAUUGACUAUGCUUACCAAGCCCUUACCCUCCACGAUCCACACAUGUCCACAUGUGAUGACAUCGUGCUCGGGGGUAGGGGCAAUGGCUUUGCAGUCGAGUCGUGGCGGGCACCGUACAUGACACCGGCCGCAGACAACGUGUUCAUGCUUAUCGGUUGCUCCGCCCGAUCGCCGCUCUUUCAAGGGUUUCCGGGUAAACAUUUGCCAUGUAGGAAUGUUUCGGGUAUGAGUUGUGAGGAGUAUUACGGGUGCCCGGCAUGGGAUAUGGUGGGCCAUAAGCGUAUGGGCUCAAUGUUUGGGUCCGGCCCACCUGAAUGCUGUGCAUUGUCGUUUGAGGCUAUUAAGGCCAUUAAUCUGAGUAAGUUAGAGUGUGAAGGGUAUAGCAGUGCUUAUAGUCUGGCCCCAUUGAGAGUUGAGGGGCCCAAUGAAUGGUUUUAUGGGAUACGUGUGAAGUACUCUGUUCACGGCAAUGAUGAGUUUUGUAGAGCGUGUGAGGCGACUGGUGGCACGUGCGGAUACGGUUCAGACGGCAUUAGGCAGAUUUGCAUGUGUGGGAGCACAAAUUCAACCUCAAAUUGCGACUCUGUGAAACCAUCUUCAAGUAAAAGGUUAUACACUGUGGCAGACACAUUUGCAGGAUUUCUAAUGAGUUUGCUAGCAUGGAUGACAAUCAUGUAAAUGUCAGCAAUAAAAAUGUAUGUGUGCAGUGUGCACUUAGGAAUGUAUGGGUGAGAUAACAACUUUCCUUUUACAUUCAUACAAUGCCUAAAUUUUUCAUAAAAGAGAGUUUUGAGUUGAUACAUAUGAUGGCUUUAUUUUCAAAGCCAAUUUGUUGAGUAACAUUUUCUAUUAGUAUUAGAAUCUAUAAUAUAAAGAGUGAACUACUUUCAGUCAUAUAUCAUUUAUUCAAUCGAACUAAUAAUUCUGUACUAAUGUUUCUUACAAGCAUUUAUUUCAAUGAAAAUAAAAAGACCAAAAACAUAGGUUUAGUUUUAUUGAGUA